AUGACAGGGCAGCGACCAGCCCUCACUGGCUUUGACUUCUUCCAGAUAGUUGACGACCAUAUGUUUACCAUGUCCUACUUGGCGAAGUUGGCUCAUGCUCGGGGCCAAAUCGUCACAGUAACCCAGCAUCUAGAUAACCCUAUCACCAAUGGGUCAGCAUGGGUGGAAAGAGAUCCUGGUCAGUUCGUCCACAUUGUUAGACGUCUUCUCCCUGGAGGGGACUUCAACCACGUGUACCGACAGAACCUGGAUAAAAUUGCUGACUGGGCGCUUAACCUAAAGGAUUCAAAUGACAAGUUCAAAGAUGAAGCUGAUUAUCUAAAGGUGUAUCCCGGGGAUGACUACGUUGACGUUAUAGGAACUGACUACUAUUUCGAUGACGGCAAUCAUCCAUCGACCGAUGACUUCAAGCGCACGCUGGAGCAAUUGGUGGACAUUGCAGAACAGCGUGGGAAGAUCGCUACUUUGACGGAAACAGGCAUUCGCUCUAAUGUGUUUGACAAGGUCCACAACUUCUGGAAUGAUCAUAUCCUUGACGUGAUCAAAUCCAGUCCAAAGGCUAGUCGGAUAGCCUAUGUCUAUGCCUGGUCUAACCACUGUUUCGGACAGGGACGAUGUGAGGUCUACAUUCCAUAUAAAGGACAUCCAUCUGAAAAGUAUUUUGUGAACAACUUCUUCAAAGACCCUGUAACAUAUUUUCUCGAUAGAAUAGGAAAUGUUUAUUCAUAG